AUGGUACAAGAGGCAGUGGAUCCCGACUUCUCCACUAGUGCCAUAAAGCAGCAAUUAUCUAGCGUGAUAGACAAUUUAAGCUCCAAGGUAAAUGAGCUACAAGUACAAGAGGGCAAAUACGAUGAGUUGAUGAAUAACAUUACUGGAGACAAGGUAAUAAUGUCCAUAGGAGACGGAUAUUUUGCUGAGUAUUCUCAUACAGAUGCUAGAUCAUUCUUGAGCCGCAGAAUAGAUAAUAUAAACAACGGGAUCAAAGAAAUAGAAGGUAGAAUACGUGAGGCUAAGGGCACCUUAAGAAAAUUUGAAGAAUACUCGAAAUUGACCGGACUCCAAGAAGACGGAGCACAGUCCGACGACAAGAUACAAGAAAGUGAUAUAGAGAAUGGAAAAUAUAACGAAGAAGGCUUGCCAUAUAUGGAUAUACGUGAAGAAUUGGACGAGAACGGCAACGUGCUUAACGUGAAGAUCAAUGAUGGACCAAUGAGGAAGACAAUUGAUAGCUUUGAUGAGCAUGAUGAUGACGAUGGGGAAAGCACACCAGAUAAUUACGAAUCUCCCCAUAUAGAAAGAGAUCUUUCUGGAACAGCAGAUGACAAGGAUGAAAUAGAAGAAACUGGCCCGAUACUGUCCAAUAUAAAGGAAUCUGUUGUUCAAGAAGUCGCUGAAGAUGAAGGGUCAGCUAUAAUGGAUAUAGUUGAAGUUUUAGAUGAUCUGGGAAAUGUUGUAUCUAGUAGUGUCAAGCCUGCUAAAUCAGAAACGAGUGAGAGUGGAGCUUCAAAAUCAAAACUAGUUGAAGGCGGUACUAGAGAACUGAUUCCCGAAGGACAAAGUAUAAACGGUGAUGAAGACGAAGACGAAAUGAAUCAAGUAAAUGAAUUGCUUUAUGAUAUGGAAAUUAUCCAAAACCCGGAAGAAAAGGCCAAUGAAGAUGAAUUGUUAAACAAAAUUGACAAAUUGGACAUUACAGCGGAUGAUAAGUUUAGAUUGAAAUUGAUUUUACUUGAUGAAUAUAGAAAGAUUAACGAAGAAGGUGAUGAUGCCAAGAAAACGAUAACCCUGACACCAUCAUCUUCUAAGAUAGAGGCGAUUAAAGAGCUGGAUAACUCCGUUGAAGAUGAUAUUGAAAACAAUACUUCUUUCACUAAUUUUCCUUCAGGUUCAUUAGCAAUGAAUAGCGAUGAAAUCUUGGAGUUGGAAUUGCUCGCUGAUGAUUUUGAUGAAGGUGAAGGAGAGGCAGAGUUUGCUGACGAUGAAGAAUGGGAUUUUGAAUUCAGCGAAGAUGAUGAAGAUGAAGAGGAGGAUGAUGAUUUGGCAGAUGAAUUACUUUACGGAAAGGAAAAACCAGAAUUUAUUUCUAACAACGGUGUUAAUAGUAGACUUUGGGAUGAAGUGAUGUCAAGAAGACAAAAUAGCUCAGAAAAAGAUAUCGACAAAGAACUGACUAAAACAUCCCACGCGUCAAAUUCCAAAAAAUCUGUUAGGUUUGCAACUGAGUUGGAUAUAUUUGAAAUUGAGAAUGUUAGUCAAGAAUUGAAGAAAAUACAACAUGUGAAUCAAAAUUUUUCGAGAUUCAAACAGGAAAGAAUGGUUAACAAGAUUGAUGAAAUUGAUGAGUCUUUCGAAGAUGGAGAGCAAGGAGAACAGGAAACAGCUGCUGUAAGCGAAUUGGUUAUGGAAAAGCUUAUUUUGGGAGAACCAGAGCCUAUGCAAGAUUUAUCUAAGAAGAAAUCAAGAUUUAGGAUGAUGAGAGAAGAAAAUGACUUGAAGAGUGAUGUUCAAAAGUGCAAUAAAAAGGAAAAUAUAUCGAAAAGCACUUCGACACCUGCAACAUCUGCUACUUCUAAUAAAAUCACAGAACUUGAACAACCUCUGAGUGACAUAAUCGAAAGGGAGCAACCGGUCAACGAUAUAAUUGAAAGAGAACAACCAUUUAGUGACAUAAUUGAAAGGGAGCAACUAGUCAACAACACAAUUGCAAGAGUACAACCAUUGAGUGACAUCAUCGAAAGAGAUCCAUUGUCUACUGGAGCUAUCGAAGAUAGAAAAGAAGUAACUGCCGACGCUCCAGCACCACGAAAAGCAGUCAAGAAGAGCAGGUUUAAGAUGCAGCGCGAUAGCCCUGGUGUGAAUGCAUCUAAUCCACCGCACAGGUCAAUUACUACAGAAAAGAUUCCUAUAGAGGAUGAUAAACCUUUAGACAGAAGAAUGGCUAUUGAGCAAAGUAUCGCCGAUAUUGAGGAUAAAGAUAUUGUAUCAGAAGAAAAUAUGUUAUCCGAUAGAACCGAUGGUGUAGCUGAGGACAUCGAAGAUGAAGGUGAUGACAUCAAAUAUGUGGAAACCACUAUAGAUUAUCAAUCAAUGCAGAAUGAUAUGGAUACAAUGGCAAAAGCAUACGUUCUUGGGAUGUAUGACGAUGAUAUUGUAACUGAGGGACCAGUUGUCGACAAGCUUCAGGAUUUUGAAGAAAUAAAUAAAAUCAUUGAUGAAAAUGAAAAAGCGAACAUUGCAGUCUCAGGAGUUUCAGGGGAUAAUGAGGGUUCGGAUGAAGACGAACAAGAUGAGGAUGAAGAUGAGGGUCCAGUUUUACUUGAUAUUGUGGAAAAUGAUACCAAUUUCAAUGCCGCAGAUGAGGAUGAAGUAGAGGAUAACAUUAUCCAAGACGAAGUGCAGAACAAUUACCAUAGACUCCGCCGCCAAAUGAUGCAGGCACGUGAAAGAGGAUAUCGUAAAACUGAAGAAGAAUUGCAGUAUGAGCCAAUAGACGAGGAUGGAAAUCCAAUUAAAGUUAGUCGGUUCAGAGCUGCGAGGUUCAGAUAA